CACCAUUUUUUUUUAUACUUACCUACAUCCAUUAUGCAUUAUUAUUGUUCAAAUUGAUGUGUAAAAAUCGUUUACUUUCGCACACACUACUGCUGUAAAAAACGUGAAUAAUAUAUGGAAUGGCAAUGGAAUAAAAUGUUUUUUCCGUAGUUUUAUUCGAUUUCUGUUGGAAAAUGCUUAAAACUGGCAGCGUGGAAAAUGCAACAGCCGAUUCGCCUCAAACCAACGCAGAUAUUAAAAAAGAAGAUGAAGAUUUCGCUCGUCCAGAAGCAACCUUUCGCUUCACCGUGCAAAAUAUAACGCAACUGAAAGACCAAGUGCUAUCACCACCUUGCUACGUAAGAUGUCUUCCCUGGAAGAUACUCAUCCUUAUCCGGAACACAAUUACCCCGGAUCAUCAGCAGCAUAAAGACCUGGGAAUUUUCCUUCAAUGUAAUGAGAAUAGUGAGUCUCCAGGGUGGACGUGCUAUGGACUGGGAGAGCUUAAACUACUGUCGCACAAACCUGACGGCGAACAUCUAUGUCGGAAACUCCACCAUAUGUAUCAUAGCAAAGAAGAUGACUGGGGCUUCGCACACUUUAUAUCUUGGCAAGACUUGGUGAACCCUGACAAUGGCUACAUUGAAAACGAUUCCAUCACAGUAGAAGCUCACGUUGUUGCGGAAGCACCACAUGGAGUUUCUUGGGACUCCAAAAAACACACUGGAUAUAUUGGUCUUAAAAAUCAAGGUGCGACAUGCUACAUGAAUUCACUUCUACAAACACUAUUCUUUACUAAUGUACUUCGGAAAGCUGUUUAUAAAAUUCCUACAAGUGGAGAUGAUAGUUCACGAUCAGUUGUUUUCGCACUACAACGAGUUUUUUACGAUCUGCAGUUUUCUGAUAAACCGGUAGCGACCAAAAAGUUGACGAAAAGUUUUGGAUGGGAAACGCUCGAUUCAUUCAUGCAACACGAUGUCCAAGAAUUUCUACGAGUUUUGCUAGAUAAAUUAGAAAGUCACAUGAAACAUACUGUUGUCGAAGGUACAGUUCCAAAACUGUUCGAAGGCAAAAUGACCUCAUUUAUUAAGUGUAAGAAUGUUAACUGCUCAAGCACUUGCGUCGAAACUUUCUACGAUAUUCAACUAAGCGUUAAGGGAAAAAAUAACAUUUAUGAAUCGUUCAAUGACUAUAUUAGUACGGAGUUGUUAGAUGGAGAUAACAAAUACGACGCUGGCGAACACGGGUUACAGGAAGCGGAGAAGGGUGUACGAUUUGAUGUGUUCCCUCCGAUACUGCAUCUUCACCUAUUGAGGUUUCAGUACGACCCACAAAGAGACGCUUCUGUUAAAUUUAAUGACAGAUUUGAAUUUUACGAAGAAAUAAACCUAGAUCACUAUCUCCAAGAGAAACCCCAAUCCCCAGCACACUAUACGCUUCAUGCGGUCCUGGUACAUUCUGGCGACAACCACGGUGGACACUAUGUUGUUUUCAUUAACCCAAUGGGAGAUGGAAAGUGGUGCAAGUUCGACGACGACGUCGUGUCCCGGUGCAGUAAACAAGAAGCGAUCGAAUACAACUUUGGCGGCAAGGAGGAUGCUCCGUAUCUUUCCCGGAGAGCGACGAGUGCCUACAUGCUUAUUUAUAUACAAACCACCGAAUUGAAAUAUGUCCUACAGGACGUAACUGACAUACCAUCAGAUCUAUGCGAAAGGAUCAACGCAGAGAUGCAAUACGAGAUGGUAAGAACAUACGGCAGAAAAAUAAAGUGCAGAAAUUUCAGAUCUGACACCUCAGUGUCACCGUACAAGUAUUACGCGAAGAUAGUCAACGCACUAAAACAAUUCUUCACUUUGCAGGCCCUAGCUGGCUCUAAAUACAAAGCGAGAUAGUAUGCUGUAAUUUUUUUGGACGUAAGCUUAUUUAGGUAUAUUUUACUU